AUGCGCAUUGUGAUGUCAACACUCAACCUGACAGACAGCGCGGACAACAAGGCGUGGUUUGGUGACGCAUUGCGGCUCGGUGGAUCGGUGUGUCCCUCUCCCAACCAAAGAGCAAGGAGCGAAAGCGACUGGACCACGCAACAGCCUCGCCGCUCCAAACAGAAUGUCGUCAAGGAAUGUAUUCUAGCUGGAAAUGCAAAGGAGCACCGACCAGUCGCAGUAUCUUAUUUAAAAUCUCUAGACCCAUAAUAAUCUGAAAUAUGGCUGAAGUGAAGUCGAGGUGAGUUGCGCUGUUGCUCAGACAACUUGCUGUUGGGUGGUGCGCACUCUCCGCCUCUCGCCAGCCAGCCUCUCUCCAGCCAGCCUGUCGGAUGAAAAGAAAACGGAUAGAGCCCGUUCUUUUUGUUCUUCUAUCAAUCGAUAGUCAUUGGACUGUGGAAUCAUGUCGAUGGGACAGGACGAAAACUCAGUCCGGGUGGCUUUGAGGAUUCGUCCUCAACUGGCCCGGGAGAAGAUCGAGGGAUGUCACAUCUGUACGUUUGUGACCCCAGGGGAGCCCCAGGUGAUGCUGGGUAAAGACAAGGCCUUUACUUACGACUAUGUGUUCGACAUGGACUCCUGUCAGGACAGCGUCUACGCUAGCUGCACUGAGAAGCUGAUCGAGGGCUGCUUCGAAGGAUACAACGCCACCAUUUUUGCCUAUGGCCAGACUGGGUCAGGUAAGACCUACACCAUGGGUACAGGGUUUGAUGUUAACAUCGGGGAAGAGGAGCUGGGCAUCAUACCCCGGGCGGUCAGCCACCUCUUCAGGGGCAUUGAGGAGCGCCAGCAGGCCGCUAAAGAGCAGGGACGACCCGUGCCUGAGUUCAAGAUCAACGCCCAGUUCCUGGAGCUUUACAAUGAGGAGGUGCUGGAUCUGUUUGACUCAACACGGGACCUGGAAGCUCGGACGCAGAAAUCCCACAUAAAAAUCCACGAGGACGCUAAUGGAGGAAUCUACACAGUAGGGGUGACCACACGGACGGUAGCCUCCGAGGCAGAGAUGAUGCAGUGUCUGAAGCUGGGUGCUCUGUGUCGAACCACCGCCAGCACCCAGAUGAACGUCCAGAGCUCCCGCUCUCAUGCCAUCUUCACCAUUCACCUGUGCCAAGUCAGAGUCUGUGCAUCCGACAAUAAAGACAACGAGACAGACCACAACGAGACGGACAACAGGAUUGCUAACGGCAACUCCGAGAUGGAAGAGUACGAGACACUGACGGCCAAGUUUCACUUUGUGGACCUGGCCGGUUCUGAAAGGCUGAAGAGAACCGGUGCUACAGGAGACCGAGCUAAGGAGGGAAUCUCCAUCAACUGUGGACUGCUUGCUCUGGGGAAUGUAAUUAGUGCUUUGGGAGACAGGAGCAAGCGAUCCACGCACGUGCCCUACAGAGACUCCAAACUCACCCGGCUCCUACAGGACUCUCUAGGUGGAAACAGCCAAACGAUGAUGAUAGCCUGCAUCAGUCCAUCUGACCGGGACUUCAUGGAGACCCUGAACGCGUUGAAGUACGCUAACAGAGCCAGGAACAUUAAGAACAAAGUGAUGGUGAACCAGGACAAGGCCUCCCAGCAGAUCUCUGCUCUCAGGACAGAAAUCGCCAGGCUACAGAUGGAACUGAUUGAGUACAGGACCGGUAAGCGUAUGGUGGGAGAGGAUGGUAUGGAGAGCAUCAAUGACAUGGUCCAUGAAAACACCAUGCUGCAGACUGAGAACAGUAACCUGAGGAUCAGGGUCAAGGCCAUGCAGGAGACCAUUGACGCCCAGAGGGCCAGACUCACACAGUACCUCAGUGACCAGGCCAACCAGGUCCUCGCCAGGGCAGGUGAGGGCAGUGAAGAGAUUGGGAACAUGAUCCAGAGCUAUAUCAAAGAGAUAGAGGACCUCAGGGCCAAACUCCUGGAAAGUGAGUCUAUGAAUGAGAACUUGCGUAAGAACCUGUCCCGUGCCUCCUCACGCCAGUCCUUCUACCCCGGAACCUUCUCCCCUGCCCUCCUGGCCCCCGAGAAGGAGGCCUCCGACAUCAUCGAGAUGGCCAAGAAAGAUCUGGAGAAACUCAAGAAGAAGGAAAGGAAGAAGAAGAAGAGGCUCCAGCAGCUGCUGGAAGAGAGAGAGAGGGAGGAGCUGGUAGAGGAGGAGGAUGGCAGUGUCGUCAAGGAAGAAGUCCCCGACAAUGACCAAGGAAUGGAAAAAGAGCUGACUGAGCGGUCCAAUGACGAGCCUGAGAUGGAGGGGAGUGACCAUGAGGAAGGGGAGGAGGAAGAGGAGGAGGAGGAAGAGGAGGAGAUGGAUGUGGAGGAGAGCUCUGAUGAUUCAGACUCUGAGUCAGAUGAGAAAGAGAACUUCCAGGCGGACCUGGCCAACAUUACGUGUGAGAUCGCCAUCAAGCAGAAGCUGAUAGACGAACUGGAGAACAGCCAGCGCCGUCUGCAUACGCUCAAGCAGCAGUAUGAACAGAAACUGAUGAUGCUGCAGAGCAAGAUCAGAGACACACAGCUUGAGAGAGACCGGGUGCUGCACAACAUGGGCUCAGUGGAGACGUGCAGCGACGAUAAGGCUAAGAAGAUCAAGCAGGAGUACGAGAAGAAGCUGAGCAUCAUGAACAAGGAACUACAGAAGCUACAGUCAGCCCAGAAGGAACACGCACGCCUGCUCAAGAACCAAUCCAAGUACGAGACACAGCUGAAGAAGCUCCAACUGGACGUCACAGAGAUGAAGAAGACAAAGGUUCGUCUGAUGAAGCAGAUGAAGGAGCAGCAGGAGAAGAACAGGAUGACAGAGUCCAGGAGGAACAGAGAGAUCGCCACCCUCAAGAAGGACCAGCGCAAACAGGAGCACCAGCUGAAGCUACUAGAAGCCCAGAAGAGACAACAGGAGCUCAUUUUGCGCAGGAAGACUGAGGAGGUGUCUGCUCUGAGGAGACAGGCCAGGCCAGUGUCUGGUAAGGUGACCAGCAGGAAGGUGACUCUCCCAGAGCCCCUCCAGGACUCCUCCCACCGACCCCCCUCAGGACGCCUGCAGUCCUCUGGCUCCACCACCAACGGAACCAGGUCCUACUACAGGCGGUCAACAGGCAUAUAUUCCACCAGAGUGGCCAGGGUGAAGUGGCAGUCUCUGGAGCGUCGUAUCUCUGAUGUCAUCAUGCAGAGGAUGACCAUAUCCAACAUGGAGUCUGAAAUGAACCGCCUGCUCAAGCAACGUGAGGAGCUGACCAAGCGGAGGGAGAAGGUGACCAGAAAGAGGGACAGGCUGGCGGGGGAGGGGCCUGAGGCUGAAAAGGCGGUGCUUCCCCUCAACGAGGAAGUGGACGCUGUGGUUGCCAACAUCGACUACAUCAACGACAGCAUCGCUGACUGCCAGGCCAACAUUAUGCAGAUGGAGGAAGCCAAGGAGGAGGUUGACACGGUGGAUGUUUCCGCGGUCAUCAGCUCCUGUACCCUAACAGAAGCCCGCUUCCUGCUGGACCACUUCAUGUCUAUGGCCAUCAACAGAGGUCUGCAGGCGGCUCAGAGGGAGUCCCAGGUGAAGGUGAUGGAGGGCAGGCUGAAGCAGACUGAGAUCACCAGCGCCACUCAGAACCAGCUGCUGUUCCACAUGCUGAAGGAGAAGGCUGAGUUUAACCCCGAACUGGACGCCCUGCUGGGGAACGCUCUACAAGAGCUAGGUAACAUGCCAGUGGAGAACGGGGAUGACAGCAGCAGUGACGAAUCUGCCCAGAGUCCUGCAACAGAGGGACACUCCCUGGCAUCAGAUCUAAUGAAACUCUGUGGAGAGACCAAAACAAGGAGCAAGGCUCGUAGAAGAACCACCACUCAGAUGGAGUUGCUCUACGCCAAUAGUGACGCCGCCCCUGACAUGCCUAGCGGAGAUUUCUCCUCCUCCUGUCUCCCAUUGGCUGAAACACCAGAAGAGGGCAGAGAUCCUGAGACCCCCAUUGGCUCAUCAGUCAGGGACAGAGACUUUAUGGCUCAUUCUCCUGGCUUGGCCUCUAAGAUGGGCAGCAUUUCCGGCUCCAGAGCUGCCGCCUCCUCGGGGGCGGAAAAGAGAGUUCCGGAGCCCUCGCCGCUCUCUCGCAGGAAGACCUAUGACAGGGCACAAGCGAGAACCAAUUCUAGCGGGACUAAGGUCAAGGAGAUCAAACACUGUGAGACGAGGAACUCGGACGCCAGCACCCCGUCUCCCCCAUCCUCCCCCUCCACCCGCCCUCGUAGCCAAGACAACGUAUUUGUACGUCUGACAGGGUGUCUGGAGAGAGCAGACAGACCACAGGAUAAAGGGGUAAUCAACCCAGUGCCCUCUUCAAAGGGCAGUCGGUCAGCAACACUACAGUGUGUCCACGUGGCUGAGGGUCACACUAAAGCGGUGUUGUGUGUUGACUCUACUGAUGACCUCCUCUUCACCGGCUCCAAAGACCGUACAUGUAAGGUGUGGAACCUGGUGACGGGUCAGGAGAUCAUGUCCCUGGCGGGUCACCACAACAAUGUGGUGUCAGUCCGCUACAGCUCCAGCCUGGUCUUCACCGUCUCCACCUCCUACAUCAAGGUCUGGGACAUCCGAGACUCAGCAAAGUGCAUCCGCACCCUCACGUCUUCUGGUCAGGUGACUCCUGGCGAUGCCUGUGCGUCCAGCACCAACCGGACUGUCACCAUCCCGGCAGGAGAGAACCAGAUCAACCAGAUUGCCCUCAACCCCAGCGGCUCUGUCCUGUACGCCGCUGCCGGCAACUCUGUCAGAGUCUGGGAUGUAGGAAGAUUUGUAUCUACAGGGAAGCUGACUGGUCACCUGAGUCCAGUCAUGUGUCUGACUGUGGACCAGAGCGGGAAUGGUCAGGAUCUGGUCAUCAGCGGCUCCAAGGACCAUUACAUCAAGAUGUUUGACGUGGCAGAGGGGGCCCUGGGUGCUAUUGGCCCCACACACAACUUUGAGCCUCCCCACUACGAUGGAAUCGAGUCCCUGGUGGUGCAGGGGGACGUCCUCUUCAGUGGCUCCAGGGACAACGGCAUUAAGAAGUGGGACCUAGCCCGCAAAGACCUACUGCAGCUAGUGCCCAAUGCCCACCGUGACUGGGUGUGUGCCCUGGGUGUGGUGCCUGGCUCUCCGGCCCUGCUUAGUGGCUGUAGAGGAGGGGUGCUCAAGCUUUGGCACACAGACACACUGGGGGCCCUGGGGGAACUCAAGGGCCACGAGAGCCCCAUCAACGGCAUCUCCACCAACAGCAGCCACCUCUUCACAGCAUCUGAUGAUCGAACAGUGAAGAUCUGGCGUGCGCGGGGCGGACUCGACAGUACCUUAGAGACAUCGGUGGACACCACUGACGAGGUGGCCAAUAACUGAACAUGGCCGUGACCUCCCGCCGUGACCCUUAACCUUGGACGCUGCUGAUUAGCACUUUUACCUCUGACCUUUCACCUUGGAAACCAUGGAAACCCCCCAGCCCCCACAUACUGUAACCAUGACAACUGUGCAAGCCCGCAGGAAUGGAAUCUUAUCUCAGCAAAAGUAGCUGUAGUCUUUCUCCAGAGUGAGAGAGAUGUAUCCUUAGGGAAAUAUAUCUAAUCUAACCUCCCUAGCAGUAGCACUGACUUGUGCAGAAUAAAUGCUCUGUUUGCUUGGUAGACAUCUUUCCCUCUCAGCUCAUAUUAAGUAUUUAGUAAGCCCACAACGGUCAUAUUUAGAUACAUGCAUGCAUACAUACAUACAUACAUACAUACAUACAUACAUACAUACAUACAUACAUACAUACAUACAUACAUACAUACAUACAUACAUACAUACAUACAUACAUACAUACAUACAUACAUACAUACAUAUAGAGGCAGAUCUUGGUCUUUCUGGGCUGGGGGAGUUAAUUAAGGAGAGUGGUGCGGAGAGGAGGUAAAGAGGAUGGGUGGGCCACUGGGCUCUGUAGCUGGCCACUGGGCUCUGUAGCUGGCCUACAAGACCUGGACCAGGUUCUCCAGUGGCACAGCAAAGGAACAGAAGCACUGUAAGCAGAACCACUGUCCCUCCUUAUCUGAUAUCAAUGUGGCUUUAUGUCAACUGACAAAUCACCGCACCCCCUUAAAUCACCGCUUGGUUUAAAUGUUAUUUUGCUUCGAAUUCAGCUCCCACUUAUUGUAGCUGACCAAAUUGUGAAACUUGUCUUGUACUUUACCUGUCAACUGGAUACACUAAGUAACAAUACUCUUGUAACCACUUGGAAAACGCCUUCAGUCAGUCACCUUUUGUCUGCUAUCUUAGUCUUUACACGUAAUCCUUACUGACUCUAUGUGCAAAUACAAUGUCUCUUUGAGGACACACUGACUGUCUUCGCUCACUCGUCCACUGCUCAUAAUUUAUAUCUAUGUAGUAAUGUGCGAUUCUCCUCUUAAUGCUGUUACCACACCCUCCCUCUAAAAGUUGUGAACUAACCUAACGCCUGUGCUGCUAAGUUGUUUGCUCACCUUUGACCCAUAGAGGUCUUCUGUUCUGGACCCCAGGUGAGGUCCACCUGGUAACCGUAGUUACGUACUGUAUAUAAUAAUAUAAAGUGUGAGGAGGAGAGGAGCCGUUUACCUGUGCCUGUACUGUAAGCCUCUCUUAUCCUGGAAGUCCCCAGUGUAUGGUGGUUGUAUACUGCGUGCCAGUUUUACUGCACAUUACAACUGCCAUAUUUGUGAUUGGUGUGAGCCAGGGCUGAGGUCAAUACCAUCUCAAUUCCAGUCAAUUCAGAAAGUAAAACACAUUAGAGAUGGAAUUUUUGUGCACUUCCUAAAUUGACUAGAUUUGAAAUGGAAUUGACCCCAACUAUGGUGUAAGCUGAACUAACUGUCAAAUGAUGAAUUGUAUCUGCUGUCUGCUGGGACUAUUGAAUGUUAAAGGACUAGUAGCAGCAGCCAGCAACACAUGAUGUAUAUGUUAACACUAUUGUAUGAUGAAAUCAACUGAAGCCUAGCGUUGUUGAUCACCAAAACUCGCUCCACAAGGGAAAGUGAGGACCAUCAUUCGGAGACGGUGUUCUAACAGCACUCUUAAUGCUUUUGAACAGAGCCUGUGUCAGCCUGUUAUGUUUCUAUGUCUGAGUCUGAAAUGGCACCCUCUUGCCUAUAUAGUGCACUACUUUUGUCCAUAGCACUAUGGACCCUGGUCAAAAGCUAGUGCACUAUAUAGGGAAUAGGGUGCCAUUUCUGAUGCAGCCCUGAUUCUCUUGUUCUGUUGAAAACUGUAUGUAUUGAAACCAAUCCUGGGUUCCCCUCUUUAACUGUAGAUGGCCCUCCCCAAAAUGGCUGACUCUGUACUGUAGCAGUUCUGAUGUCAGAUGCCUGGUGAAAUAAAUGUCAUCCUUCAAAAACCA